AAGGUCGCAGCGGCCGGACUCGCCUGGCCCAUGGCGGAGCUCGGCGGGCCGGACGGGGGCCGGGACCCCGCGGUCUCCGAGCUGCAGCGGCUGGUGGCCGCCGAGCAGCAGCGGGCGCAGUUCACCGCCCAGGUUCAUAACUUCAUGGACGUUUGCUGGGACAAAUGUGUGGACAAACCUGGCUCAAAGUUGGACUCCAGAACAGAAGGUUGUCUAGCCAGCUGUGUGGAGAGAUUCAUUGAUACCACGUUAUCCAUCACUAACCGCUUUGCUCAGAUUGUACAGAAAGGAGGACACUGAUUACUGUAUUUCCCAACUCCGGACAACCCAAUCCUUCCUAUUCAGGUCAACGGACUUAUCAGCUGUCAGUGGAGCAUCAUCACAUGUUCUAAGCUACAUUUUAUCUGACACUUUCACAAAAUGCAGAAGUGGUUGAACAAUCAUCUGCAGAAAGCACAGUUGUCCCUGUGAAUUCUUUCGCUGCACUGAACUGUUCAUAAAUGCAUCAUCGUAGUGCAAUUUAAUAAACCAUCAGGAACACUCGUCCAAA